AUGAAGAACAUCGGCAAGAUGCUGAAGCAGGCGCAGGCCAUGCAGACCAAGAUGGCCGAGCUGCAGGAGAGUCUCGGCACGCUCGAGAUCGAGGGAACCGCCGGUGGCGGCCUGGUGCGGGUGACGCUCACGGGCAAGGGGGAGAUGCGCCGCCUCUCCAUCGACCCGGCGCUGGUGAAGGACGACGAGGUGGAGGUGCUGGAAGACCUCAUCGUCGCCGCCUUCAACGACGGCAAGGCCAGGGUCGAGCAGCUCGUUCAGGAACGGAUGGCCGAGGUCACCGGCGGCCUCAAACUGCCGCCGGGUCUCGACCUCGGUCUUUGA